AUGUCCUCUUUCGCGAACGAGAGCUCACCAGCAGCUAUAACGGCAGAGUGGGAAGUCAUCAUUGACGCUUCAAGGACUUACAAGAUCACUCAAUAUGUUUCUGUUGCGAUGGUUACACUUUACGUCCAGUACUACUUGUCUACAGUACCAGACGAGGUUGGAAUCUGGAAAAACACAGGUCGCAAGGUCCCAAAGGUGUUAUUUUUGAUGCGUAGCAUCGGCACUUCAGUCUUAUCGGCGGCUUCAUAUGGCUUUACUGUUUUCAAUGUAACAUCCGAAUGCGUGUCUUGGUUCAUUGCAGAAGUAAUUAUUUUACACCAUCUCUUCGCAAUCUUCUCAUUCAUGGCAUUUGUACUCUUCGUUGCGGGCGCUACGGUUGAGUUGGCUAGCAUUCAUGGCACCCCUUCGUGGCAAGCCCUUUCUCCAAUGUUUGGUGUCUGUGGAUACACUCAACUCAACAUUGUAGCCCCAUACUUAUCAUGUAUGCCACUGAUGGCUUUUGACUUGAUGCUCGUGUUGUUAUUUGGGGGAAAGACUGUACAUUAUCACCUCAAUGUCAUGGACACCCGCUGGAAUGGUGCGACCCUCAUGAAAACUCUUACGCGUGGAGCAUUCAUGUGCUACCUAUGGAUAUUUUUACCGACACUAUUUGCCUUCACGCUUCUUCUGACUGAUAAAGCACUUCUUGUUCUAUCCUAUGGGCCUUGUUAUACGAUUCAACCAAUUGCUAUCGGAUAUCUUGUGAUAGGACUUCGCAGGAAGGUAGAUUAUCAUGUCGAUGAAAAUGUGUCGAAAUACUUUGGCGUCUAG